GCCUGGAAGAAACGAUGGUUUAUCCUGCGGAGUGGCCGGAUGAGCGGUGACCCUGAUGUUCUGGAAUACUAUAAGAAUGAUCACUCUAAGAAACCCUUGAGGAUCAUCAACCUGAACUUCUGUGAGCAGGUGGAUGCAGGCCUGACCUUCAACAAGAAGGAGCUGCAGGAUAGUUUUGUGUUUGACAUAAAGACCAGCGAGCGCACCUUCUAUCUGGUGGCCGAGACGGAGGAGGACAUGAAUAAGUGGGUCCAAAGCAUCUGCCAGAUCUGCGGCUUCAAUCAGGCUGAGGAGAGCACAGACUCCCUGAGAAACAUGUCCUCUGCCGGUCACGGCCCCCGCUCUUCUCCAGCUGAGCUCAGCAGCUCCAGUCAGCACCUUCUCCGAGAACGCAAGUCCUCGGCCCCGUCGCACUCCAGCCAGCCAACCUUGUUCACCUUUGAACCCCCUGUGUCCAACCACAUGCAGCCCACCUUGUCCACCAGUGCGCCUCAGGAGUAUCUCUACUUGCACCAGUGCAUAAGCCGGAGAGCGGAAAACGCAAGGAGUGCCAGCUUCUCUCAGGGCACCAGGACCUCAUUUCUCAUGAGGAGUGACACAGCUGUACAGAAACUUGCCCAGGGCAAUGGACACUGCGUCAACGGGGUCAGCGGUCAAGUCCAUGGCUUCUAUAGCCUCCCCAAGCCGAGCCGGCACAAUACAGAAUUCAGAGACAGUACCUACGACCUCCCCCGGAGUCUGGCCUCCCACCGCCAUACCAAGGGCAGCCUCACAGGCUCUGAGACCGAUAAUGAGGACAUAUACACCUUCAAGACACCCAGCAACACUCUAUGCCGGGAGUUUGGGGACCUCCUGGUGGACAAUAUGGACGUUCCAGGCACCCCACUCUCAGCCUACCAGAUCCCUAGGACAUUCACGCUGGACAAGAACCACAAUGCCAUGGCAGUGGCCACCCCUGGGGAUUCGGCCAUAGCUCCUCCUCCCCGGCCCCCCAAGCCAAGUCAGGCAGAAACACCUCAAUGGGGCAGCCCUCAACAGAGACCUCCAGUCAGUGAGAGCAGCAGAUCCGUCUCUGCCGCUGCCACCAUCCCCAGGCGCAAUACCCUCCCGGCAAUGGACAGCAGCCGGCUCCAUCGAGCUUCUUCCUGUGAGUCCUACGAGUACCCCCAGCGAGGAGGAGAGAGUGCAGGCCGGUCUGCUGAGUCCAUGAGUGAUGCGGUCCAUUCUUUCCUGCCAGGGAAAAUGGUUGUAGGCCGAUCAGAUAGCGCCAAUUCUGAGGACAACUACGUGCCCAUGAAUCCCGGUUCCUCCACCCUGCUGGCCAUGGAGCGGGCAGGUGAUAAUUCCCAGAGUGUCUACAUCCCCAUGAGCCCAGGACCCCAUCACUUUGAUGCGCUUGGCUACCCCUCAACAGCUCUUUCUCUGCACCGGGGCCCCAGCCGAGGGAGUGAGAUCCAGCCACCUCCUGUCAACCGCAACCUCAAACCUGACCGGAAAGUAAAGCCAACACCACUUGACCUGAGAAACAACACUGUCAUCGAUGAGCUCCCCUUCAAGUCACCUGUCACCAAAUCUUGGUCUAGGGCCGUUCACACCUUCAACGCCGGCUCCUCCCAGUACUGCCGCCCCAUCUCCACACAGAGCAUCACCAGCACGGACUCCGGAGACAGCGAAGAGAACUAUGUCCCUAUGCAAAACCCAGUGUCUGCGUCUCCCCUCCCCAGCGGCACCAGCAGUCCGGCGCCGAAGAAGAGCACGGGCAGCGUUGACUAUCUGGCCCUGGACUUCCAGCCGAGCUCCCCCGGCCCCCACCGCAAGCCAUCCACAUCCUCUGUGACUUCCGAUGAGAAGGUAGACUACGUUCAGGUGGACAAAGAAAAGACCCAGGCCCUGCAGAGCACUAUGCAGGAGUGGACGGAUGUGCGGCAGUCCUCGGAGCCUUCCAAGGGCGCCAAGCUGUGACACAGGGGCCACCAAGCCUGGGGAGGCGCCUGGAGGUAGAGUCUGCGGAGCAGGCUCCUCCCCAUCUGUCUGCCCCUCCCCCUUGUUUCCUCCCUUCUGCCACUCUGGCCUUCAAAGCACUUGAUGUCAGGGACCCUGAACCCUUCUCCUGGGAGGUGAGGGCCUGAUUGAGGCACUACGCUGCCCACUUGGGGCCCACCUUUGAUUUUUAUCAGUAAUGGCCCUGCCUCUACCCACCUUAGUUAGAGCUAUUGCCAAAAAAGCAUCCUUCAGCCUCUUUCUGUCCUUUAGACCUGAAUACCUACUAGGCGCUGGUGGGAGGGGCUGGGGCUCUGAGCCAGAUUCCACACCUCACACACGGUCUCAGCCCUCAAGCCUCUUCCCUCCAGCUACUGGGCUACCUCUCCUUCAGUCCCACAAGAUGCCACAUCGUCUCGCUGGCCCAGGACCAGCAGACCAAAGUGGACAUGGACUUCAUCCUUGUCUUUCUUGGUAGGGGAGAAGCGAGGCCACCAAAAGAUGGAGUUGAGAAGAAAGGUUAGAGGUGGUCUUGAGGGACAGAGGAAUGAAAUCCCAGAUGCAGAAGGCAGUUGAUACAGGCAGGGGCCUCCUAACUUUGUAGCUGUUGUGGGCUGGGAAGAGGCAGAGGGAUGAGGACAAAAGGAGGGAAAACAGUGGAUAGGCAACCAGAAACCAGGAGCAGGGGUCAGGGUCCCAGGACUGUGGAGCUUACAGGCCCUCGGCCCACCUGUUGGACGGUGCUGGGUGUGCAGUGGGGGAGGCCGGUACUGAGGGAAGGCACUGCAGGGUCAGGACACGGCAUGGGGGGGACUGGAGGCACUGCAGGGCCGUCCACUCUAGUGGGGAGGGUGCAGCAAGUGUGUGCGAGACGGGUGGUGGGAGGCAGGGUGUGAGGAUGGUGGAGGUGGGCAGUGCCUGGGGACAUAGAAUGGAGCAGAAAGUGAAGGAGCCAGGGGGGCGGGGUGGGGCAGGGCAGUGUCCCCACAGAGCGGUAGGAGAGCUGGGGCUGGCGCCAGGGCCCAGUGCAGGUAUGAGGCUGGUGCCAGGAGCCCAUAGUGCUUACCCAGUUCUCACAGCUGUUGCUCCCUGCUAGCCCAGUGCCACACUGGACUCAGACCUGACCCUGGGGAUAGGAGAAGCCUGCCCUCUGCUCCCAGGCUUGAAAGGCCAUCCCGUCAGCCAUGCCCUCCCCUGCCGGGCAUAGGCGGCAGGACCUCACCCCAGGUACUUUCUGCUAAGCUAGGGAGGAGGGACCAAAGCUUCCAAUGUUUCAUCCAACUAUGGGUGAAUAGAUCUAGACCUUCUUCCUUUGGGGAAAGAAAAAGACUCAUCUCCUUCCCUCCACCCUCCGGCUGGGCAUGGUGGCUACUGCUCACUGUUCAGUUCCUGUGAGCGCACACCUGGCCCUUCUCUAAGACGCUCUGACCUGGCAGAAACUGUUUUCCUGACAGUAGCCCCCUCCUCACUCAGCUAGCAUUUCGUAAUGCGUGCUGGGGCCAGGUUCUGGGAACAUAGCCAUUAACCAGUUUGGCCGUGUGCUGGAGGAGACACGAGGGCAUGGACAUUGGCAACAGCUGUAAGAGAGUGGAAAUGUUGAUGGAGAGCAAAGGAAGCAAGGCUGUGUCUUCAGGAGGUUGGUGCAGACUGGGCAGGAGGAGGUAGGAUCUAGGAAAAGGGGGCGCCUAAGAUGGGCCUUAAAGGAAGAUGGAGGAAGAAGGGAAGAGAGACUUGGAAAGCCUUUGGGAGUAUGGGGCCACUCCUUCCCCAGCUCUGGGGCUGGUGGCAGUGGCCUACACUGUGUCCUCUAAGGCCCUCUCUGAAGGGUCUUAAAGGGCAGAGCGUUUAAUGGUGCUCCCCCCUAGCCCCCAGCCCCAGGACGCCCUAAUGAUGUCAGCACUUAACGUACCACAAUGUGAAUGAAACUGGCUGGAGUCUUUAGAAACUGAGGUGUUCAGAUCUGACGUCCAAGGAGGCCGCUUUCAAGCUCUUCGUUCCUGUACCUCCCAGACCCUUGGGCUGGAGGUGAGGGAGGAGGGACGUGUAAGAGGAAAUGGGCCCGUUGAAAGUGGAGACUCGGGCUCAAACUGCCAGGUGUCUAGUAUACGUCUGUCAGUUCAGUUUAACAAUGUCCCUCUGCCUGGUGGCCUGGCAAGGACAAGCCCCAGGCAGGGAAUGCCUUCCCAGCUAGCACAGCUCCCACGAGGACUCCGUGGGUUUGGGGCUCCACCUCUACAAAGUUAACCUGGAGCAGGGACAUGGGCAAAGCCAGGUGUGAAGGAGCCACCAUCGUUGGCAGGGUGUUAGAUUAGUCCCUGAGGCCCUUCCACGCUGAGGCCGAACUCCCUUCCGUGGGUCUGGCGCAUCGGGGCUGGGCAGGACCCAGAGCAUUAGUUACCCCAGCCCCCUCCUGAGAUGAACUUCAGUAACGUCUACAGUGGAAGCCCUUCAGCUAUGCCCCGUUCCUAGGAGAGAAGCGCAACUGUUCUGGAGCGAGUGGAACAGGGGCUCACCUCCAGCCUGCCCUCUGGCCCCUUUACUUGCUGCAGGGCUACAGCCAUGGCUGACCAGUCUUCCCCACCCUUGUCCCCUUUUGACAGAGCUCUGGACUCAAGAGGACAGGCCCAAGGCAAGUUAGCACUUGGUCUGCAAAUGGAGGGACGCGAGGCUGGGCUCAUAAACUCUGAAGCUCCCUCCCCUCAGGGGGGCUGCUGCGGGGCCCCUGGAGAUUCAGGAUGUCAUGUGAUAGUUGGUGGUGUGUAUUCUUGUGUGUUGGUUACACGUGUCUUGAAAUUUAGAAUCAUGUCGCACAGGAUUGUCAAUCUGUUGGGAAGAUAAAAUGGGCUAGCAGCCCAGUCUUUAGGUUCUUGCCCUGUUAAAAAUUGACAUUUAAUUUUUCAAAUCACUGUUGGUGCCUAAUCACUUAAGUUAUUAAUUUAUUCUGUUUUCUUUAAAAAAAAAUUUGUAACAUGUAUUUAUCCUCUGUGAGUAGGUCUGGGGUGGGGUGGGAACAUGUUCCAGUGCGUCCUGUUUUUGCUGUGGUGACACAUGGUACAGGCCUGGAGCUUGCAGGUCCCUUUUUACUGUGGUGGUGGAACAGGACAACAAUAAAGUCCAUUAGAAGCAAA